AUGAGCGAAGCCAAAGCAGCAAUCUCGAUAUCACCGCUCCUCCUCCGGCUGGCUGACCCCACUACGACCUUGUUCAGCGUCACAGCCCAGGAAGUUGCUCUCGCAGUAUCUCACAUUUUCGCAAACGCAAUCUCGCCUGUUCAGACAGGUUGUCUUCUCUAUGCACUACACACGACUCAAUUGGAUCGUCGUCCGGAUAUCCUUGCAGCAUGCGCCAGUUCCAUGAGAUUUGCUGCUGCUCAAGUCGACCACGACGCUCUCGCCAAAGCUGUCUUGCAACGCGCUCGUAAAGAGGGUCAAUAUCAUGGAGGUCUGUGCGACAUAGUCGGCACCGGUGGUGACAGCCACAAUACCUACAACGUCAGCACAACCUCGAGCAUCCUUGCAUCCGCUCUCCUCAUCAUGGCCAAACACGGUAACAAUGCGUCUACUUCAAAGUCUGGUUCUGCCGACCUCCUGCUGGCCGCUUCUCCCGCUCCCGUAAUUGCUGCCACCACCGAGAAGACACUCCCCCACAUCUACUCCCGCACAAAUUACGCCUUCCUGUACGCUCGCGAGUGGCAUCCUGGUAUGAAGCACGCUGCUGCUGUUCGUAAAGAGUUGCCUUUCCGCACAAUCUUCAACCUGCUCGGUCCCCUGGCCAACCCCGUACAAAACAGCAACUUGAUCGAGGCUCGUAUCCUAGGUGUCGCAAAGCGUGACAUGGGUCCUGUAUUCGCCGAAUCGAUGCGCCUGACCGGUACGAAGAAAGCCCUGAUCGUCUGCGGUGCCGAAGACUUGGACGAACUGAGUUGUGCUGGACCUUCAUACUGCUGGAUGUUGAAGCCUCAGUCCAAGGCCAGCGACGCCCAAGUCGAUAUCGUACCGUUUACCGUAUCACCCGAGGACUUUGGUCUGAAGCCUGUACCGCUCAGUCUUGUCGCCGGCGGCAAGUCACCUGCUGAAAACGCUGUUAUUCUUCAAAGCAUCCUGGACGGCACAAUCGAUCCCAACGACCCCGUCCUCACUUUCGUCUUGAUCAACACCGCCGCCCUCUUGGUCACAUCCGGUAUUUGCGAAGCCGACAGCAGCGAUAUGGGUCCUGGAGAUGAUGGCAAUGUCAACUACGACCGCGGCCCUGGUGGCUUGCGCUGGAAGGAGGGUGUCAGGCGCGCUCGCUGGUGCAUCUCCAGCGGUGCUGCCAAGGAACAGUGGGAAGCCUUUGUCAAGGUGACUGGCGAGAUCGAUCUUGAGACAUGA